CAUCGGUUAGUGACCAUUCAAAAAUAACAAAUUAAAAAAAAAUUACUCGGCUGAUUUAAACAAAAAUGUCAAAUUUUUCAGUGGCCAUUUCGUAAAUUGGAAAAUCAAAAUAAUUCAUUUAUUUGAAUCUGCAGACAUACGUUACAAUUUGCAAAUGACUCCAAUCGCAUUAGGGCGAAUGCUGUACGGAGGCUCACGCUUCGGCCGCAAGCUCAUUAAUACUUCUCGGGCGCUAACUUCAGGCUUAUGGCAUACGAUGAUUAGCAGUGUAAAGCUACACACACAGAAGGGUACUAAGUGUAAAGAAACACGAACGACUCCGCAUCAUAGUAAUAUAUAUUCCUAUUGUUUGGAGCCACCACACCUGGUGCAUUUGAUCCAUCGACGCUAUUCCACGUGCGAAAAAACAUCAACGCAGAUAUUGUCCAAGUUGUUUCCACAAACAUCCAUGGAGUUGGAUGAUGAGGCAAGUCGCGAUAGGCGUAAGCGGGAGGAAGAGGAGGAACUUAGAGAAAUGGAGCGGGCCUGGAAGCGUAUGAAAAUAGGAUUUGGGGUCUUUGGAGUAGGAGGCGUGAUAUUUUCAUUUUGGGCAAUUUACUUCUUUGGCAAGCCGUCGCUGGAUGAACAAGGUAACGAAGUGACAGAUGAGUUCAGUUCAAUGCCAUUGGUACAACAAUACAUGGCACGCACUUUCAAGUCGAUGAACCAUUUUCAAAGGUUCAUUCAGGAGCCCUCAAGUCAAAAAUUACUGCCCGAUCCGUUACAGGCACCGUACAUUCAGCCGCCCUACACACUGGUACUUGAGGUUAAGGACUUGCUAAUCCAUCCGGAUUGGACCUACCAAACAGGAUGGCGAUUUAAAAAACGCCCUGGCGUCGACGUUUUCUUAAGAGAAUGUUCCAAGUAUUUUGAAAUCGUUGUUUAUACGGCUGAGCAGGGAAUGACCGUUUUUCCUCUGCUCGACGCUCUUGAUCCCAGCGGAUAUAUCAUGUACCGUCUUGUGCGCGAUUCAACUCACUUUGUAGGUGGUCACCAUGUGAAGAAUCUUGAUAAUCUAAACCGCGAUCUGAAGCGUGUGGUAGUCGUUGAUUGGGACAAGAACUCGACCAAAAUGCAUCCGGGGAAUACGUUUUCGAUACCCCGUUGGUCCGGCAACGACGACGACACAACUCUGUUUGAUCUUAUCUCGUUCCUGAGCGUUCUGGGAAGCAGCGAAGUAGACGAUGUGCGUGAGGUGCUACAAUAUUAUAAUCAAUUUGAAGAGCCCAUUGCCAAAUUUCGUGACAAUCAGCGAAAGCUUUCUGAACAGAUGCAGGCGGAUGAGUUUGAAAAGUUAAGUAAGCCAAAGCCAAUGGUUAAGAACUGGUCCCGCGGUUUCAUGAAGUCCUAAAGGUACAUUGUUGC